AUGACAACCCCCCAACCCGGCACCUUCCUCUUCUCAACCGCCGACCUAGGCAACACCCUCGUCACAUCCCUCUUCGCACGUACAGACCCCGCAGCCGACCUCUACGACCUCGUCGAGGCAAUCUCAACAUGCACAUCCCUCUUCAUGGAAUCCGGGAAACGGAUGAACAUACACCACGAGUAUUUCAAACCGAGCUUCCAAACGACGUUCGAUCCUGUGGUUGCGCAGGUUAGAGAGUGUUUCAGUGAUCUGAAGCUGGCGUUGGAGAUUAUCGAUUUGUAUAAGUGUGGAAAACAGAGUUUUGGGGUGAAGGGGGGGAUUUUGUGGAAGCCGUCUAGUGGAUUGAGAGAGAGGGUGUUGUGGGCGUUGGAGUUGAAGAAGGGGGAUUGGAGUGUUGUUGAGGAGAGGGUUGAGGGGUGUUUCGGGAAGGCUUGGAUGUUGAGUCAGCUUGUUUCUUUGGUUAUUGUUCAGAAGACUGCACAAGGAAGAGAUCUUACUAUUGCAGAGAAAGCUACACUUCGAAGUUGCAAGGACUUCAUGCCCAAGAUCUUGACAGAGCUUCGAAAAUGCGAGCUUGGUUCUCUUAUGGCUUUCAGGCUUACUGGCGAUACUGAAGAGGUUUUGAAUGCGACUCAAAUCUCUGAGCAAGCAAAACAAAACAUUGAAGCGAAUGAAGGCUCUGAGACUGCGACACUCUCUGGUUCUCUGGAUGACUUGAAACUCAGCAGCACAAAUUCAAUCAAGAAGCCUCCAAUUCCAGCACCUGUGGUAGCCAGCACUCCAGUAUGGCCACCACCACAACCACCAAAAGAUUACGAAAUCUACCGUCUCACAAAGCACCACAUAUCCCAAAGGUCCGUCACCAAAACCAUCUCCAUCCUCCCAUUCCACAGCAACGAAACCCACGUCAACACAUCCUACCACAUCGCCAGACUCCCCGCUUCCAAGCCCCAAAUCGCAGAGUUCAUGCGCGUCAACACGAGAACUCUCCCAGGCGUAGAUGAUCUGCUGACACUCCCGCCCUACGUAACGACGGCUGUAGGCGAUAUAAUCAAGACUAAGAUCACGAGCCAUGUUUACAUGGCGGAUAAAUGGGAAAUCCAUGCUGUUAUCCCGCGCGUCCUGCUUCCUCCGCGCUCAAGCCCUGUGGGGGGAUUCCGAGGCCUGUUCAAGAAACCGAAGAAGGAAAAGGAGGUGGAAUAUGUCAUCAUUCUAUCCCUCCAACAACCGGGACGUGGGGUUGGGCCUCCGCCUCCUCCUCCGCCUGCGUGGAAGCAGUCGAAGAAGUUUGGAAAAGGGUAUAUAGCGGACACGGAGCCCAAGUGUGGGAGCUUGGAGUUCAAGCUGUCGUCGCGGGAGGUCGAGGAUGUGGUUAAUGGGUUUUUGGCGGGCGUGACGAGUCUCUAUGAUGGUGUGAAUGUGGAGGAUAGGGGAAGGGCUUUGAGGGAUGCGGAGUGGUAUUUUGAUGUGGAAAGGUUGGAUGAGAGUGAUAGUGAUGAUAGUUCUAGUAGUGGGAGUAGGUCGCUUAUUGAUGAUUGA